GGUCGGUGACCUUUCUCCCGCUCUCCGUCCCCCCCUCUCGCUCCCAGUUCUCACGUUCCUCUGGAGUGGCGAGGUGUAUUAUCCUGCGAAGCGGCCAUGUCUCGUCUCGCAAACAGUUGCUGUCUCUUCCUUCUGUUUCAGCUGAUUUCCGCAGAGGUUUUCCUCCAGGGUCAGGAUGCAAGUCAAGUGUUGGCCAGAAGGCGCCGGGCCAACAGCGCAUUUGAGGAGUUCCGUAAGGGGGACAUGGAGAGGGAGUGCAUAGAGGAGAGGUGCAGCUAUGAAGAGGCCAGGGAGAUAUUUGAGGAUGACAAGAAGACAGACGAGUUCUGGAAUAAAUAUUUUGAUGGGGAUUCCUGUGAAUCGUUGCCCUGCAUCAACAACGGUGUCUGUAAGGAUGGAAUCGGGAAAUACACCUGCUACUGCAUGGCUGGGUUCCAGGGAGUCAACUGCGAAAUUGCCAUCCCACAGCUGUGCAUGAACAAGAACGGAGAAUGCCAGCACUACUGCCACGUCCAGAAAGACAGGGUCCAGUGCUCCUGCGUCAAAGGGUACUUCCUGGGAGAGGACAAAAAGUCCUGCAUUUCCCAUGACCCCUUUAAAUGCGGCGUUCGGAAAUCCGGAAAAACCAGGAGGAUCUACAUCUACCAACCUCAAGACAACUCCACGAAGCUCGGCAACGCUACUGAGGAGAUCGGCGCGAAUAACGUGACCGACGCCACCGCCGGCGUGAAUAAGACAGUCACUACGGUUAUGAAGAUUGAAGACAUUGCGGAUGACGACUAUAUCAUGCCAGAGGUUGCCGCACAGACACGGAUUGUGGGUGGGGAAGAGUGCCCGCCAGGAGACUGCCCAUGGCAGGCUCUCCUCAUGAAUACGGAGGAUAUGGGAUUCUGUGGGGGCACAAUCCUAAACGAAUACUUCAUUUUAUCUGCAGCACAUUGCAUGAACCAGACGCGGUCAUUCUACGUCAUAGUCGGUGAAUUUGACAGAGAGCUGGAUGAAGGGACGGAGUCGAUCCACAAGGUGGAGCAGGUGCUGACGCACAAGCACUACGUCCCGGAGACGUACCACAACGACAUCGCCCUCAUCAAGCUGAAGGACCCCAUACGCUUCACGCCCUUCGCCCUGCCGGCCUGCCUGCCCGAGAACGAUUUCGCCGAGGAGGUGCUGAUGCGGCAGGACCAGGGCAUGGUGAGCGGCUUCGGGCGGCUGCGCGAGGGCGGGCGGCAGGCCACGCUCCUGCAGCGCCUCAGCGUGCCCUACGUGGACCGCGCCGUCUGCAUCGAGUCCAGCCAGUUCAAGAUCACCAACCGCAUGUUCUGCGCCGGCUACGACAUGGAGACCAAGGACGCCUGCCAGGGCGACAGCGGCGGGCCCCACGUCACCCAGUUCGGGGAGACGUGGUUCGUGACGGGCGUGGUCAGCUGGGGGGAGGGGUGCGCCCGGGAGGGGAAGUACGGCGUCUACACACAGGUGUCCAAGUACAUUGGCUGGAUCCGGUACGUUAUGAAUAAAUUUGAGCAAACAAAUACAAAUGCUUGAUGACUGUUAACCCUUUUCAGAUCAUAAAUAUGUGAUAAGAAUAUUCUUAACUGGACAUUCUAAAGGUGAUGUCACAAUCGCUACUGGUAAUUGAAAGCAACGGAGUUCUAGAACACUGACUUUUGAAAAAACAUUCCAAAAAAAAAAAAACCUACUCUUGAAAGGGUUAAAUAAGACUCACAGAGACAAAUAAAGAGGCUUUUUGAAUGAG